AUGGAGAAAUCGGGCUAUGGCCGGGACGGCGUGUACAGAUCCCUGGGGCCGCCAUUGUUUGUCCCCACAGACCCAAACCUCUCCAUGAUCUCUUUUCUCUUCAGAAACGCUUCCUCUUUUCCCGACAAGCGCGCCCUCAUUGAUUCACACACCGGCGAGACCUUAACCUUCGCCCACCUCAAAUCCGCCGUCUCCAGAGUCGCCCACAGCCUGCUCCAUCUGGGCAUCACCAAGAACGACGUCGUCCUCAUCUUCGCUCCCAACUCUAUUCACUUCCCCCUCAGCUUCUUCGGGAUUGCCGCCGUGGGAGCUAUUACCACCACAGUGAACCCCAUGUACACCACCUCGGAAUUAUCUAAACAGGUAAAGGAUUCCAACGCCAGGCUUAUCAUCACCGUCGAGGAUUUGCUACCGAAGGUGAAGGAUUUUGGCCUGCCAGUCGUUCUACUAAAUUCCCAUGUCAAACCAAGUUCACCCAUUGGGAAAAUCCCGUCCAUCACCUUAUUCACUGACCUACUCAAUAAUGGAGGAGGGUCUCUUGAUUUGGACAGUAAUUUCAAUAAUAUCAAGCAGGAUGAUACUGCUGCGCUGCUGUACUCGUCUGGAACCACCGGCACGAGCAAAGGCGUCGUACUUACUCACCGCAACUUCAUUUCCAGCGCCUUAAUGGUGACCUCGUAUCAAGAAUUGGCAGGUGAAUCGGAUAAUGUUUUCCUGUGUUUUCUGCCGAUGUUCCACGUGUUUGGUCUCGCAGCGAUCCUCUAUUCUCAGCUUCAACGGGGCAAUGCUGUGGUCUCGAUGUCGAGGUUUGAUCUGGAGCUGAUUCUGAAGAUGGUGGAGAAGUAUGGAGUGACACACUUGUGGGUGGUGCCGCCUAUUGUAUUGGGGCUGGCCAAAAGCCCAAUGGUUAAAAAGUACGAUCUGUCGAGUUUGAAGCAGAUAGGGUCGGGGGCGGCCCCCCUUGGGAGGGAGCUGAUGCAGGACUGUGCCAAGAAUUUCCCCGGGGCUGUCCUUGUGCAGGGUUAUGGAAUGACUGAAACCUGUGGCAUUGCAUCUCUUGAGAAUCCAUAUACCGGCCCUCGACAUACUGGCUCGGCUGGAAUACUUGCUCCAGGAGUCGAGGGUCAAAUAGUUAGCGUCGACAAAUCAAAGCCUCUUCCUCCUGGUCAAUUGGGAGAAAUAUGGGUGCGAGGACCCAAUACAAUGAAAGGUUAUUUCAACAAUCCAGAAGCUACUAAGCAUACAAUAGACAAGCAGGGAUGGGUGCAUACUGGAGAUCUCGGGUAUUUUGAUGAAGAGGGUCAGCUCUAUGUUGUCGACCGUAUUAAAGAACUCAUUAAGUACAAAGGUUUUCAGGUUGCACCAGCAGAGCUGGAAGGGCUGCUUGUGUCCCACCCUGAGAUAACAGAUGCUGUUGUAAUUCCGUUUCCUGAUACUGAAGCUGGUGAAGUCCCAAUUGCUUAUGUUGUUGGUGCCCCCAAUAGCUCCCUCACUGAGGAGGAUAUCAAGAAGUUCAUCGCUGACCAGGUGGCGCCCUACAAAAGACUAAAGAAGGUUACAUUCAUAAAUACGGUCCCGAAAUCAGCAUCAGGCAAAAUCCUCAGAAAAGAUCUUAUCGACAAGGUCCGGUCGAAAUUGUAA